AAAAAGAUGCCAGCAGCGCGAAGUGUGUCAAACUGGUAGCUUUUCACAUGAAUCAGCACCCAAGAAGUAGCUCUCAGUUUCAAAAAGGUUGCUGGUUCUUACUGGUCAAAAUACCCAUGCUGUCACGAGACAAUGCAACAGCAGCCACUUGGCAGGUGGCCACAGGCAAGUUGUGGCCAGCGUGCCGCUGAAUCAUAUGGCAUUAUCGGUUCUAAACGAAGAGGUAGCUGGGCAGUGAUGUAGUUGUUUAACGUCUCUUGCUCUCCACACCAUCCACCUAAUAAGCAGAGCUUGGGAGUCAAUACUCUAAAGUGAUGGAUGAAGACACAGCCACCCUUAAACCGAGACGGAUCCAGAAUCAAAAUGUGGUCCAUCGUCUUGAGAGGCGUAGGAUCUGUUCGGGCCGGCCAGGAGCUCACUGGUAUCGAGUACGCUGCUUGCACCAGAACCUGUUUCCCAACUUUACAGUGGUCAAUGUGGAGAAGCCUCCUUGCUUCCUAAGGAAGUUUUCACCUGAUGGACGCUGCUUUAUCGCCUUCUCAUCUGACCAGACAUCUCUAGAGAUCUAUGAAUACCAAGGUUGCCAAGCUGCCCAGGACCUGCUGAGAGGCCAGGAGGGUGAGACCCUUCUAACAGCCAAUGACCAACGCUCCCUCAACAUCCGGGGCCGUCUAUUUGAACGUUUUUUCUCCUUGCUCCACGUCACUAAUGUGGCGUCAAAUGGAGAACACCUCAACCGGGAAUGUAGCCUCUUCACCGACGACUGCCGCUAUGUUAUCGUUGGCUCAGCUGUGUACGUCCCGGAGGAGCCACAACCAUACUUCUUUGAGGUAUAUCGCAACAACGAAUCUGUGACUCCUAAUCCUCGGUCCCCUUUAGAGGACUACUCCCUCCACAUCAUUGACCUCCAUACAGGCAGACUGUGUGACACCAGGUCCUUUAAAUUUGACAAAAUCAUCUUGUCCCACAACCAGGGCCUCUACCUCUACAGAAACAUCCUGGCUGUGCUGUCAGUCCAGCAGCAGACCAUACAUGUCUUUCAGGUGACUCCAGAGGGAACGUUUCUGGAUGUCAGGACCAUAGGGCGGUUCUGUUAUGAGGAUGAUCUGCUGACUCUUUCGGCUGUCUGCACAGAGGCUCAGGCUGAGACCCAGUCAGGCUUUCCACGUCUCUACACGGACAAAACUAUCAACUCUCUUAAGCACAGGUUGCUGGUUUACCUGUGGAGAAAGGCUGAACAGGACGGCAGUGCUACUGCCAAGAGGAGGUUUUUCCAGUUUUUUGAUCAGCUGAGGAGACUAAGGAUGUGGAAAAUGCAGCUGCUGGAUGAGCAUCAUCUCUUUAUUAAAUACACUAGUGAAGACGUGGUUACACUCAGGGUCACAGACCCCUCACAGCCAUCUUUCUUUGUUGUGUACAACAUGGUGUCAACAAAGGUGCUGGCCGUCUUUGAGAACACCUCCGAUCAGCUGCUGGAGCUGUUUGAGAAUUUCUGCGACCUGUUCAGAAACGCCACACUGCACAGCCAGGCUGUCCAGUUCCCCUGUUCCGCUUCCUCCAAUAACUAUGCUCGGCAAGUCCAAAGAAGAUUCAAAGACACCAUCGUGAAUGCCAAAUACGGCGGCCAUACUGAAGCGGUGCGCCGGCUGCUCGGUCAGCUGCCCAUUAGCGCGCAGUCCUACAGCAGUAGCCCUUAUCUAGACCUGUCACUCUUCAGCUACGAUGACAAGUGGGUGUCUGUCAUGGAGAGGCCCAAGACCUGCGGAGACCACCCAAUCAGGUUCUAUGCACGUGACUCUGGCCUACUGAAGUUCAAGAUCCAGGCGGGCCUGCUUGGACGGCCGUUCAAUCACGCUGUACGGCGCUUGGUCGCUUUCACCUUUCACCCUUUUGAACCCUUUGCCAUUUCCGUCCAGCGCACAAAUGCUGAAUAUGUGGUCAACUUCCACAUGAGACACGUUUAUGCAUGAGGAGCUUGUGUUCAAAAAGGGGGGUACUCUUCCUGAUGGGAACAACCAUCAGUGUCCACGCCACUUCUGCUCACUGUGUGUGAGGCUGGUUAUUGGCCUUUUUCUGUUGUUUCAGCUCAACUUUGCCUCCCCUUCCCUUUUCUCACAGCCAAGAGAGACUUCUCGGAAGAGAAGUUACACUAUAUGUUGAUGGAGUUGUGCAGAGAAUACUUGGAAGCAGUAGUUAGCUGGGCUUCCAAGGAGGAAACCAGGGGUUGUUUUCUAAGAACUGUACAUCCAAUUGCAGCACAACUGCCUGUCAUUUCCUAAUGUGGGGAAAAGAUAUUUUAACUGUUGUUUUUACUUGGUCUGUUUUUACAUAUACAUAGUAUUAAUUUGUAUAUAUUUUAUACUAA